GCGCUUUUUCCCCCGAAUCCCAACUGUCUGGACAUAGCAGAAUGAAGAUCCAUCUUGGAGACAACUCAAAGGCUCGAGGAGAGGCUCCUUCCCCGAAUCCCAAUUGUCUGGAUAUAGCAGAAUGAAGAUCCAUCUUGGAGUCAACUCAAAGGCUAGGGGAGAGGCUCCUUCCCCGAAUCCCAAUUGUCUGGAUAAAGCAGAAUGAAGGUCCACCUUGGAGUCAACUACCCCACAUACACCUUACAUUCAAAGUUUCCAUCUCUCUCUCUCGGUCGCAUUUCAUUAUCUCGAAUGUGCGCACAUUUGUGAUGUGUUGAAUGCUUCAAAAGCAAGCAAAUGAUGAGCAAUCGAACUUGUCUUCUCUCUUCAACAUCUGUAUUAAUGUCUUCUACAAUUGUGGCUAUGGUUGCUCGCUGCAAGAUUUAGCGGGCGGCGCCGUUUGAUCGGUCAACCAGACCGCGCUCGUCUCCGAUGAAAUUGUCGGUGAGGCUCCUCAGCGUUUUGCUUAUCAUCGCCGCCGCGGUGACUCUGAGCUGCCAAGUUGACCUUCGGUAUGGUAGAUUCGUGGCGACUCAGAUCGAGAACUACGUCGCUGUGUCGGUGAAAUUGCCGGCGGUUAACGAAACAUUGAUGAAACUCGCGGCCGCUGAUUUAGGGGAACUGCAGCUGAAUCGAGAAAUCGGGCAGUUAUUGGGAGGAAAUCUCCCGACCCGCGGCCGGCCCCGGUCGUUUCUCUCGUCGGCGCAGCUCCGCACGCCGAAGUACUACAGUUCGUUGCCGGACUUCCGCCGGAACUUGCGGCACUGGUGGAGGAGCAAGCGGUUCGAGCCGGAGAUCAUGUCGGAGCUGGUCAGCCUAGUUAUGGCUCCAAUUCAGAAACGCAACGGCUUUCUGGAUUCGGGGAGGAAGUACUCAUCCUGCGCCGUGGUCGGCAACAGCGGGAUUCUGCUGAACCACGAGCACGGCGAGCUGAUUGAUAGCCACGAAGCAGUGAUCCGUUUGAACAAUGCCAGAACGAGCCGUUUCGAGCGCCAUGUCGGGUCGAAAACCACCAUCUCGUUCAUCAACAGCAACAUCUUGCACCUCUGUGCUUUGAGAAAGGGCUGUUUCUGCCAUUCCUACGAUUCAAAUGUAGCGACAGUCAUGUACAUUUGCCAGCCUACUCAUUUCUUGGAUUACACGAUCUGCAAUUCUUCUCAGAGAGCCUCACUGAUCGUCACCGAUCCGCGGUUCGAUCUGCUGUGUGCUCGGAUUGUGAAGUACUACUCUUUGAAGCGAUUUGUGGAGAAGAUGAAGCAGCCUGUGCAAGAAUGGGGAUCUGCUCACGAUGGCAAUAUGUUCCAUUACUCCUCUGGAAUGCAAGCUGUAAUGCUCGCGGCUGGAAUUUGUGAUAAAGUUGGUCUGUUUGGGUUUGGGAAAUCGGGUUUGGCUAAGCACCAUUACCAUACCAACCAGAAGGCCGAACUGAGCUUACAUGACUACGAAGCAGAGUACGAUCUUUACCAUGAUCUUGUCGCCAGGCCGCAGACAGAAACCCAGUGCGUUGGGACGUGACGGGAAGUGGAGACAUGCAAUUAUUAUAUGCCACUGGUUUUAAAAUACCAUAUAUCCUGGAGUAGGUGGCCAACAUAUCGACCGUUGAAAUCCUUUGUGCAAAUGCCUCAGCAGAUUUGAGGUCCGUGUCCCUGAUUUGGAGAGUAAAUGGAAGAGAAGGAACACAGUGAACAGAGGAAGAAUGGCUUCCGGCAACUGUAGAAGAGGCAGAAACACAGAGAAUAGAAAGCCUCUUACCACACCAUAGCAGGACCUUAUUGGGAAGCUUCUUUAUUUCAUUAUAUGAAGGUCUGGCACUUGGCUCAACAGCUAAUACAUUCUCCACGGAAAUCCCAUAGCUCUAUAGUUAAGUAGGAAAAAUAGAAAUUGUCGUGGGCAAAAAGGGAAAAAAGAAAUUGUUGCACUCAGCAUGCUAAGUAGUGAAUCAGACUAUAAAUGCACAAGAAGAGCCAGAGGUAGUACAAUCUCUCCAACUUUGACAGGUUUAUAGGUUUUCUCUAGAUAAUUUGUUAUCAUCUUGUAAUCAUCAGAAUCCUUCUCAAGCGGCAAAAUUGAGCACUCCAAUUUCCUGUAUC